GUCGGACAACCAGAAGUAGCUUUUACAGAGACGGAACUGAAUAAGCUAUUUAUAAAUUGCACAUAUCUUCUUAUAACGUCAGAAAAAAGAUAUUUUGCUCACGAAACGUCACAAUAGGCUUAACUCGCAUAUAAUGUUGAAAAGAGGAUUAACGUCGGUGGUGGACGUCAUUAAGAGUGUUUAUCAGCUAGCGUGGUUGCGAGCCACUGGUUAUUGGAAUUAAAGCAUUGAACAAAAUGAGUGAAGUUGAGGAAACUCUACAGAGAAUUGAAGCCCAAGGAAGUGUGCUAGGAACAAUUAUAGUUAAUGCAGACGGCAUUCCCAUCCGAUCUACAUUUGACAUCUCAAAAGCUGGAAAGUAUGUGGACCUUUUUCGCCAACUCACCGUACUGGCCAGAAGCACAGUGCGGGACAUGGACCCAGAGAAUGAACUCGUAGUUCUCCGCAUCAGCACCAAGAGUCAAGAGAUCAUGGUUGGACCAGAGAAUGGCUAUCUUUUGAUACUCAUCCAGAGGUACGAGAGAUACUCGCGGGCAUAAGAGGCAGACAUUAUUCCAUGGAGUGUGUAAAAUUGCUUAAUAUGAAAGCUAAAAUAAAGGAAUGAAUGCAAAUGUAAGUGUAGAUCCUUCUUUAACAUUCAACGAACCGACUAAAAGGCUCUAAAUUUGGAUUCAAAUGUUCAUCAUUAGACGUUGUGUCA